AUGCUGUCGCAUCUGCACCCUCCAUCAUCCUCAGGCCUGAGUCAGCCCGACAGGGACAGACUCAGAGGACACGCGUCUGGCGAAGAGUCCUCUGCCCUCCCGGACACAAGCCAACGGGGGCUGCUGUUUAACUUCCAGACUGGCUGUGUUCUGGCCUCCUCCGCUCCCCCGCUGCCCCCAGAUCCAGACUCUGAGGGGCAGUGGCUCACCCAAGAAGAACACUAUGUGAGUGAGGGGGAGCCCAGCCAGGUGGGCACCCAACCACCAGUGCCGGACUGCAGGGAUGCCGAGACCAUUACAGAUGUGUGUAACAGCACUGACCUGCCUGAGUUUGAGAUCAUCAGUCUUCUGGAGGAGCAGCUCCCAGUCUAUCGGCUCCGGGCCGACACCGUUUAUGGCUACGACCAUGAUGACUGGCUUCACACUCCCCUCGUUGCUCCAGAGGCCGAUCUGGACCUAACCACCGAGCAGAUAGAAGAAACACUCAAAUACUUCUUGCUUUGUGCAGACAGAGUGGGACAGAUGACAAAGACCUACAAUGACAUCGAUGCUGUUACCCGACUCUUGGAAGAGAAAGAAAGGGAUUUGGAACUGGCAGCUAAGAUUGGACAAUCGCUGCUAAAGAAGAAUAGAAAUCUGACUGAGCAAAAUGACUAUUUGGAGGAACAAGUGGCACAGAUCACAGAAGAGGUCGCACAGUUGCAUCAUGAACUCAAUCUGAAAGAUGAGCUUCUGCAGUUUUACACCAAUGCUGCAGAUGAGAGUGAAGAAUCAAGCAGCUCUCCAACGGGAAAGGCGAGUAAGCUGGAGGGAGCGGCAGGAGUUUUUGGGAGUGACACGCUGCAGCGGAAACUUAAAGAUCUGGAGGAUGAGAACCUGUCUCUGCGCUCAGAGGCCAGCCACUUGAAGUCAGAGACUGAAACAUAUGAGGAGAAGGAGCAGCAGCUGGUUAAUGACUGUGUCAAUGAACUCAGAUCGUCCAGUCUCCAAAUCUCUACAAUUGCUGAAGAAUUGGCACGAAAAACUGAAGAUGCCUCUCGCCAGCAAGAGGAAAUCACACACCUUCUGUCACAGAUUGUUGAUCUCCAAAAGAAAGCCAAAUCUUUUGAGGUGGAGAACGAGGAGCUUUCUCAGCAUUUGAUCGCAGCAAAGGAUGCACAGAGGCAGCUCACAGCUGAGCUUCAGGAGCUGGAGCUGAAGUAUUGUGAGUGCAUUGAGAUGCUGCACGAGGCUCAAGAAGAGCUCAAGAACUUGCGCAACAGAAACUACCCAGCAGGAACUCCUCGCCGCUAUCAUCCUCUGGGACUGUACCCGAUGGACUCUCUGGCAGCUGAAAUCGAAGGAACAAUGAGGAAGGAGCUGAGUUUGGAUGAUCCAGAGUGUGAGGAACAGAAGAGUCACCGUAAGCGAGUGUUUGAUACUGUUAAGGUUGUAAACCAGACUGUUCGUCAGAGGUCCCUUACUCCAACAAGCAACAUCCCUGGAUCCAACCAGUCUCUGUCUGCACGAACCUCCCCCCUGUCCAGUGGGGACACCACCCCUCGCUCCACCAUGUAUACUACGGACAGCAAUGUCAUGGACAACCGGACACAGAGCAUUCUCAUGGAGGUAGCUGAAAACCAAGAAAGCAGUGCAGAUCGGACAAAGAUCAGUGGGGCAGAUGAGUUACGCUUGGCUCUUAGAAGACUGUCUCUACGUCGGCAGAACAAUCUGAGUGAGAGGCGUUACUUUGAUGACGAGCGAGAGCGCCGCAGAGGGGGGCAUGGGGGCAUCGGCCUGGGGCACGAUAGCCCAAUGACUCCUUCAGACAGCAUCAUGUCCCUGGGAAACCUCCAACUCUGGACCUCGAGAGGGCCCUACCUUCCUGACAAGCUUCAGAUUGUGAAACCACUUGAAGGCUCUGCCACUCUGCACCACUGGCAGCAGCUAGCUCAGCCUCACCUCGGGGUGAUACUCGACGCCAGGCCUGGAGUGGUUCCCAAAGGAUACCGGCCGCUGGAACUGGAACUUGAACAGGCGUAUCCGUGGGGCGGCUUUGAAGAGGAGUCACCUGGGGAGCAGUACUUCCAGAACCUGCCCACCUCCUCCGCUGCGGCCUCCCCUGCCGUGCCCACUACCUCGGCCCCCCCCAGUAGCGUUGAGGAACCUCAAACCGCCUCCAGCCUGGCUCCCCCCUUACCCUCUCCAUCACCAUCGCCACAUCUUAGCAACACCGACGGCCUAGCGGUGUACUAUCCAGGUAAAAGCAUGGUCCACACCAGUUCUACGUACACAUUCACCACCUGUCGGAUCCUUCACCCAACGGAUGAGCAAACCAGAGUCACACCGAGUCUCAAUCCAGUCCCAUCAUCAUCUUCAUGCGUUAUGACUAGCUCUUUGUUGGGGACUCCUGCUGCCACAACUUGUGCCCCACGCAGGCUCGGACUUAGGCCGUCUGAAUCCUCGACUAACCUCAGAGAUGCAACUCGCACCACCAGCAUGUCCCUGGGGUUAGUGCGUUUACUUCAGGAACGGGGGAUCUCAGCAGCCAUGUACCAUCAAAACCAGGGUCUGGAGUUUGGCCAAAGCAGCGGAGGAGUCUUAUUCAGUACGUCUGUCACUCCAAACAGAACAGUCACACCUCUGCGGCCGUCCACUCCUCCUAACUCCCCAACACGACAGGCAGCUUUAACCACCUCCACCUCAGCAGGAUUUGAUAUUAAGAGUCCAUCCUAUGACAACUUCCUGGCAUCUAAACCAGCGCGCUCCAUUCUGAAGGAGGUGACUGGAGAGGCCAGAGGGAGGCAGAGAGGCAGGGACUGUGAAAGCCAGACUGAUGUCAGUGUAAGCAUUCACAAUCUGAACCUCUUGGACAAAGUAAAACGGCUAGGUGUGUCUGGAGCUCCAGGAGGCAGAGCCAUCAGUCCUGGCCCUAUCAUGGGACCGCUGGGUGGGCUGCGAAGGUCUGGCUCUCCUUUUGGACCUGAAGGGAUGAGGAAGAACCGGAGUUAUCCAGCUAUGGUUGGAGCCAGUAUGGCCAUGAAGGCCCCAGGGCCCAAAGAGUAG